AUGUCCACCGUGAACAUUCAAGAGAAUGUCACUUCAUCCAAUGCCAGUGAGACUGGUCCCUCCGACUUGGCCAACAUGAAAGCCCGCUACGAAGAAGAAAGAAGGAAACGCCUCCGCGAGGACGGCAACACGCAAUUCAUCGAAGUAGCGAAAUCAGCCCAAUAUGAGCAUUUUGCAGACGACCCAUGGGCUGAUUCGGCAUCAAUUCAGUCCCUGCAAACCAAGUUUCCAAACAACCGAAGCGAAAUGAUCAUCAUCGGCGCCGGAUGGGGCGGGAUACAGAACGCUAUUCGCAUGGUGGAGAGCGGCAUACCAGCUGAGGACAUUCGCAUUAUCGACCCCGCUGGUGGCUUCGGUGGAACCUGGUAUUGGAAUCGGUACCCAGGGCUCAUGUGUGAUAUCGAGAGUUAUACAUAUCUCCCAUAUCUAGAGGAGACAGGAUACAUACCCAGACAUAGGUAUUCGCAGGGCGAGGAGAUCCGCGAAUACGUCAAUAUCGUUGCGCAGAAAUGGGGAUUGGAAGACUGCGCUGUGUUUCAGACAAAAGCUGAGAAGAUUGUGUGGGAUGACGAUGCUAACGAAUGGUCUGUUGAUCUUGUUCAAGGUCGUAAGGGCCUGUCUCCUGAGAUGCUUCGGGUUCGCUCUUCGUUUGUCACUAUUUCGGCUGGUGUGCUUAAUUGGCCCAAACUACCUGAUGUCCCGGGUAUUUUGGACUACAAGGGUGAUAUGUUCCAUUCUGCUCGUUGGGCAUACAAUCUCACGGGUGGGUCUGCUAAGGACCCAUCACUCGUGAAGUUGAAGGAUAAGACCGUUGUGAUUAUUGGCACAGGAGCAACGGCGGUUCAGAUUGUCCCUCAACUUGCACGAUGGUGCGAGCAGCUGUAUGUGGUGCAGCGGACGCCGGCCUCGGUUGACGUUCGAGACCAGCGAGAGACCGACGAAGAAUGGUUCUGUCAAGAGGUCGCGCGGUCAAAAGGAUGGCAACGAGAGCGAAUGCGCAAUUUCCACCAACACUUCACUCUUGGGGAGCGUCCGAAACUCAACCUGGUAAAUGAUGGCUGGAGCAGAGCUCCUGGUUUAGUCGGCAUAACAGGGUACACAGAGGGACCCAAAUCACCAGAAGAAAUUCCAGCAUAUAUGGCAAGACUUGUUGAGAUUGACGCGCAGCGUCAAUCCCGCAUUCAUUCCCGCGUGGAUGAGGAGGUGGAAGAUCCCAUCACCGCGGAAAAGCUCAAGCCCUGGUAUCCUGUGUGGUGCAAGCGUCCUACUUUCCACGACGACUACCUCAAGGCCUUCAACCAAGACAACGUGACUCUCGUUGAUACCGACGGUAAAGGUAUUGACCGCAUGACGACUAACGCUGUGGUUAUCGGCGACAAAACCUACCAGGCAGAUUUAGUCAUAUUCGCGACAGGAUUCCUUGCACCACCCGCUGGCACGCCAGCCGAGAAAACAAAAAUGUCAAUCAUAGGCUUGAAUGGAGUCUCCAUGAGCGAUGAGUGGUCUCGUCACGGUGCUACAACCUUGCACGGUGUCAUCGAUGCUAAAUUCCCUAAUCUAUUCCUCUCGGGGCCUGUGCAAGGGUCUCUAAGUGGAAACUUCCGCUUCAGCCUUGACGAGUAUGCGAAGCAUAUAUCGUACAUACUGAUUGAAGCUAAGCGCAGAGCCAAUGGUGCCAAGUUCUCUGUGGCACCAUCCGUGGAAGCAGCGGAGGAUUGGGGAAUGCAGGUCAUGAUGCACUCCCCACCAAUGGGUGUCGCAAUUGGAUGUACGCCAGGAUACUUCAAUUUAGAAGGCGACCUUGAUCGCAAGUCACCAGAGAAACUUAUGGUCUCGGCUCGGUCAGGCCUGUGGGGCUCGGGGAUUGAGCAUUGGCUUGGAGUAAUUGAGGAUUGGCGAGCCGAUGGUGACAUGAAGGGUAUUCUGGUGCGUUGA